AUGGCGGCACCACAGGGAGGUUAUCCUCCUCAGGAAGGCUACGAUCAAGCGCCCGGAUACGGUUCGCCAGCCGGUGCAGCUCCCCAACACCAUGCUGGCGGAAAGAAGAAACGUGCCUAUGCGGACGAGGCAUUCGAGUUCGGCCAAGGAGCCAAUGCAGCGCUAGGAGGACAACAAAAAGGUGGUGGCGACUACGCGGCAUUUGCUGCUCAAGCCGCAGCAGCAGGAUAUCCACAACCUGGAUAUCCCCAGCCGGGCGGUAUUGGAGACUACCAGCCUCCUGCGGCUGCUUAUCCUGCCCCGAGCGCAGUAGGCGUAGCCCAAGUGACCCAGCAGUUUGGCCAGCUGGGUGUAAGUGAUCCGCACCAGGUGCAGCAGCCUCAACAGGCGCAGAGGGCCCUUCCCCUGAAUCAGCUGUAUCCUACCGAUCUUCUUGCCCAGCCAUUCAACGUCGCGGAGCUCGAUUAUCCUCCUCCCCCGAUCAUCCUGCCUCCUAAUGCAACCACUUACCCAUCCCCUUAUGCCAAUUGCCCUCCGAAAUAUGUUAGGUCUACUCUCAAUGCCGUUCCGACUACACAUUCGCUCCUUAAGAAAUCCAAGCUACCGUUUGCUCUGGUCAUUCAGCCAUACGCAUCACUUCACGAUGUGGAAGAUCCGGUCCCCGUCAUUCCUGACCAGGUCAUCUCUCGUUGCCGACGUUGCCGAUCCUACAUCAAUCCCUUUGUUUCAUUCCUCGACCAAGGCCACCGCUGGCGUUGUAAUAUGUGCAAUCUGACCAACGACGUGCCUCAAGCAUUCGAUUGGGAUACGACUUUGCAGAAACCGGCGGAUAGGUCGCAGAGGCCGGAGCUCAACCAUGCAGUGGUGGAGUUUGUGGCACCACAGGAGUAUAUGGUUCGCCCACCCCAGCCGCUGGUCUACUUGUUCUUGAUUGAUGUCAGUUAUGCCUCCGUCAUGAAUGGCCUCCUUGCAACCAGUGCUCGGUGCAUCAAGGAGAGCUUGGAUCGGAUUCCCAAUGCGGAUCGAAGGACCAGACUCGGGUUCCUUGCAGUUGACUCCAGUCUGCAUUACUUCGUGAUUCCAAGAGAUGGUUCAGAAAGCUCGGACCCGAAGAUGUUGGUCGUUAGUGAUCUCGACGAGCCAUUCCUGCCAAUUCCUGGCGACCUUUUGGUCACCUUGACCGAGUGUCGGGAAAACAUCGAGUUGUUCCUCGACAAACUGCAAGAUAUGUUCCAGAACACGCAGAAUAGCGGUUGUGCAAUGGGAUCGGCUCUUCGUGCCGGAUACAAGUUGAUUUCUCACGUUGGAGGAAAGAUGACAGUCUUGUCAUCCUCUCUUCCCAACAUCGGACAUGGCGCUCUCACCGUCCGCGAAGACAAAAAGGUGUUGGGCACUAGCAAAGAAAGCAGCCUCCUACAGACCGCCAACAGCUUCUACAAGAGCUUUGCCGUGGAGUGCUCCAAGGCACAGGUUUCGAUCGACAUGUUCUUGUUCUCAUCUCAGUAUCAGGAUGUGGCUUCCCUGAGCAAUUUGCCCAGAUACACCGGAGGGCAGACGUACUUUUACCCAGGGUGGAAUGCUGCCAGGACGGAGGAUGCAAUCAAGUUUGCGCGCGAAUUUUCCGACUAUCUCUCUGCCGAGAUUGGACUGGAGGCGGUCCUGCGUGUGCGUGCCACCACUGGCCUGCGCAUGAACACGUUUUACGGCAACUUCUUUAACCGUAGUUCGGAUCUCUGCGCGUUCCCAGCCUUCCCCCGCGACCAAGCCUAUGUGGUUGAGGUUGCCAUCGAUGAGACCGUUACCAAGCCUGUGGUUUGCCUGCAGACUGCGGUGCUGCAUACCACCUGCAAUGGGGAGAGGAGAAUCCGAGUCCUGACGUUGGCGCUGCCUACCACUCAAAACUUGGCGGAUGUGUACGCCUCUGCUGAUCAGCAGGCCAUUGCGACCUACUUCAGCCACAAAGCUGUUGAGCGCACCCUUUCAAGUGGCCUCGAGUCCGCUCGGGAGGCUCUGCAGUCCAAGAUCGUUGAGCUUCUGACGACAUAUCGCAAGGAGCUUGCCGGUGGCAGCGUGGGUGGCGGCGGUCUGCAAUUCCCAGCUAACUUGAGAGGCUUGCCGGUCCUCUUCCUUGCGCUUAUCAAACAUCUUGGUUUGCGAAAAUCGGCCCAGAUCCCGACCGACAUGCGGUCCGCCGCUCUCUGCUUGCUGUCGACGCUGCCACUGCCACUUUUGAUCCAGUAUAUCUACCCGAAGAUGUAUUCUCUCCAUGACAUGCCCGACGACGCUGGUUUGCCCAACAAAGAGACGGGUGAGAUCGUUCUUCCGCCACCGGUCAACCUGUCAUCUGAGCGACUGGUUCCGUAUGGCCUGUACCUCAUCGAUGACGGGCAGACCCAAUUCCUGUGGGUUGGGCGAGACGCUGUUCCUCAAUUGUUGAUCGAUGUAUUCGGUGUGUCGGAUAAGUCGCAGCUGAGAGUGGGCAAGCAGUUCUUGCCCGAGUUGGACAAUGAUUUCAACGAGCGGGUUCGUGCGGUGAUUCAGAAGAGCAAGGAUCACAAGUCCAAGGGAGUGGGCAGCAUUGCCUCACCGCAACUGUACGUCGUUAAGGAAGAUGGCGAGCCAGGGUUGCGCCUGUGGGCUCAGACGAUGUUGGUGGAGGACCGCGCCGACCAAGGGGUCAGCUUGCAGCAGUGGAUGGGUUCCUUACGGGAAAAGCGUGAUCAAUGUCUAUGUGUCCAAGUCAGAAGAAGACGGCGCAGUACUGCUGCCUGGGAUUGUAUCUCCAACUGUACUGUAGACUUUUUUUUUGGAAGUCGACAGCCAUCCACCACCCCUAGCAAUUACUGUAAGCAGCGUUUCGGCGGUGUCGACAGGUUAAUAAUGCGUUGUCACGGGGGCAGGGUCCAAUCGCGCCAUGUUUCACUCGGAGACGAGAGCGACAAAGCACCAGCCUCAGGCCACCAGACCCGUGCGGCAGGAGAUGCUCAGGAUUGCUGCCUUAAAGAUUCAAGUGCAUCGAGUGUAAGGUACAUCCCUCCCCGGCCCCUCUCCGCCACUAGCGUUUGGGAUUCUGACGGUGGAGCUGGCACGGGUCUCGUCACUGGCCGCCGCGCCGUGACGAGGGUUAGCCGGCUGUGUUCCCGUGAGUUAGUCGAGCACAGCAGCACGACCCGCGGCACCCGUUGCUGGAGAUUGUCGCCGACCCAAGGUUCAGGCCUCAUCCACAUGGGAGAUCAUCCUGAUCAGGAUCUAGACAGGUGGGUUCCUGGUCCUGAGGCCCUCUGA